CAUAUUGCUUGUUUUUAGCUCGUGUGCCCCGCAUUUCUGCUCAUUCGAUUGUGCCUCCAAGGGAGUUGUUACUUAACAAUGCUUGGCAUUUGUACGGUGGUGUCGAUUCCAGUUGGUUUUUGUGGUAAUUGCGUACGCACUUGCGAAAUAAAAAGUCAUUACUUGAUCAAUAAAAAACCUAAAAGAAAAAGGCUACAAAUUAGAAAGUGUCGUGACUAGUUUUUCAUAAGUAAAAAGCAACAACAAACAUGGCAAACAAGCUACACAGUGGUAUACAUCAUGCAACGCUGCGGUCGCUGCAAGAGUGCGGCUGUGAAAUAACGCCACAUAAUCUUAUGUAUCCUUUAUUUCUUAUCAACCAAGAUGAUGCAGUGGAGCCUGUGGGCAGCAUGCCUGGCAUAAUGCGUAUGGGUCUGAAUAAGUUACGUGCACACCUUACACCUUUAGUGGCAAAAGGUUUAGGCUCGGUUUUACUAUUCGGUAUUGUGGAUUCAAGUAUGAAAGAUGAUGUGGCCACACAUGCGGAUUCAGAAAAAAAUCCUGUAAUGCGUGCUGUGCCGCAACUCCGUCAAUGGUUUCCAGAUCUGCUUAUAGCCUGUGAUGUGUGUUUGUGUCCGUAUAAGAAAGAUGGACAUUGCGGUAUAUUUGGUGAGGGCGGCAUUGAUAACAAACGGAGUAUUGCACGCUUGGCUGAGGUGGCUGUGAAUUAUGGACGUGUAGGUGCACAAAUUGUGGCACCAUCUGAUAUGAUGGACAAUCGUAUUGGUGCCAUUAAACAGGCUCUGGUUGCUGCAAAUUUAGAAAAUCGUGUAUCUUUACUCUCGUAUGCAGCGAAGUUUGCGUCAAAUUUUUAUGGUCCAUUUCGUGAUGCAGCGCAGUCCAAACCAGCUUUUGGUGAUAGGCGUUGUUAUCAGCUGCCGAGUGGUUCUAAGGGCUUGGCAAUGCGUGCAGUGCAACGUGAUGUACAAGAAGGUGCUGAUAUGCUAAUGGUUAAACCUGGUAUGCCUUAUUUGGAUAUACUGAGAGCAACAAAAGACACUUAUCCGCACUAUCCACUGUUUGUAUAUCAGGUGUCGGGUGAAUAUGCGAUGCUUUACCAUGCAGCACAAAAUGGUGCUUUCGAACUUAAGUCUGUGCUAAUGGAAACAAUGAAAGGAUUUAGGCGUGCUGGCGCUGAUUGCAUCAUAACUUACUUCACACCGCUGCUAUUGGAGAUACUUGAGGACUUGAAAUGAUACCGAAGUUAUUUGCUCAUCAAUAGAAGUUUAAAGUCCAACUGUUUUUUUUAUGGAAACCUACAUUUCAUAUUAAUAUGAGUUAAUUUUGUUGAGCUGGUUUCUUUCUGGAAAUUCAAAGGUUUUAAUAAUUCAUUAAUAUUAAGUUUUGUUUUUAUUUUAUUUAAUUAUUUUUUGUUUUUGCAAUAAUAUCUUUAUACAAUGAACGAUUUUUUAAGUGACGGCAACUGGAAUUUUUUAUAGUUUUUUUAUUAGAUAUUUUACAUUAAAAAUAGUUAAUUUUAAUUAAGUGCUUAGCUUUUUGUUAAUUUUAAAUUGAAUAUAUUAAGUUUUUCUUUUUAUUCGUGUUGUAAAUGUAGUUAUUAUAAAUGCAAUAGAAUAUUUAAUUAUUUUUAAAAAAAAGUGCAAAAGGUGUCUCCAGAACAAAACUACAAUAUGUAGUUUGACAAUAAUUUAUUUAAAAUAUGUUUAACAGAAUUUUGCAAUACAUUAUGUCCCCAAUUUGUGAGAAUUAUGCAAAUAAAUUAGUUAAAAGUAUUUUUAUAUUUAAUUACACAUACAAUUUUAUUUUCACAUAUAUACGUUAACACAAUGGACUAAUAGGCCUAAGUGCAUCCUUUGAUUCGACGGCAUAACCUAAAUUUAAUUAACAUAUAAUAAAGUUAUUUAUAAAUUAUUUUUAAAUAGCGUUAACCAUAAAUUCAAUAUAGAAAUUAGUUAUUAUCACAGUCAUGUUACUCUUAAAUCUAUAAAGACAGAACCAGAGAUCGACACUAGGUCGUCUCAAAAAGUUAUGUAGCUCCACAGCGUUUUUUUUUUUAAAGCCAAAUAAUAUUCUGGAAUGUUUACCAUUUCACUGCUAAAACCUAAGUAACUUAACCAGAUCGCAUAGCUAAGUGUAGCAAAACUUCACCUUUUUUUCAACACCUUUUUUUUUUCAAUACCUUUUUUUUUUAAUACUUCACCUACUCAAUAAACAACACCAGAGAACAGUAAUGAAGCAUAUUUCAUAGCUUCUAUUAUUAUUGUAGCUCGCAAUUAUCUAUAAAGCAGAUAAUAUGAAAGAAAUCACAAAAAACUAUACAUGGGUUAGGAUAUGGAAUAUGUAUUGGUAGUGGGCAAGGGGUUGGGAUUAUUUAGGAGUAAAAACGGAUUGGGGAACUUUGUUACUUCUAGUAGCAGGUAUUUGAUUUUUAUAUACUUCUUUCUUACUUUACAUUUAUGUUCUCUAACAAUGAAUCUUACCAUGCUCAAUUAAUUUUACCAUAGAGCUGCAAAAACCAGAUUUCGUAACUUCUAGUGACAGUUAUUUUAAUCCAACUAUACACACUAUUUAAAACGCCUUUAUGUGGUCUAUUAUUAAAAG